AUGUGUGGGUGGCUGCAUUCCCACACCCUUCUCCCUUGCUUUUUAGACAUUGUCUGGAAUGAACAACAUUUAGUUCAUGAUUGUGAUGCAGAGACUUGCACCCUUGGACACAAGGACAUCAGUUUCAUGAAGAAAGACAUUGUUGCGUUUGCCAAAGACAAGUUUCGGAACUUGAAGCAUAAGUAUGCCGAACAUUGGAAACAGAAGGUGGUGAACAAGAGGAAGAAGCACCGUAAGCAGAGAUAUCAGAGUGUUAAGGUCGUGCUCAAGGGAGAGGUUACUCAAAGGGCUUCGGCUUCAGCUUGUGCGCUGCGCCCCUUACCCGAGUACGUGCCCUUAAUUUCUGGGGGACAGAGGGGAAGUCCGACAGAAGUCCGGGGAGUUCCGGAGGACUUAGUGUCGGUGGAGUUUGGCGGAACUCCGGAAGGUUUAUACUGGGACGGAGUAAGGCUACUACGGAAGUCCGGAGUAGAAACUGAACAGAGGUUAGACUACCCUAAGGUAAAUCAGUCAGAAAAGAUCCGGAAUUCCGGAUCCGGAGGUACGGGAUAUGACACAGAGCUCGAAACCGAUAACGAGGAGAAGAAGAAGGCUCACCAUAAGAUCCUAUUGCAGAAAGCUGGCUUUGUUGGGAGCGAUGAAGAAGAUGCUGUUGUGUGGGAAGUGUUCAACGACGUCGUGGAGCGGAUUGACAAGAUCAGCAACAAUUGGCUGGCCAAGUUCAACCUCGAGAAUCCUGGUGCUUCACUCAAUAUCAAGAUGUCCAAUCUGAGAGGCUUUGGACCCAUAUAUUAUCAGCUGGACACUCAAGAACAAGACAAUUACAGCCCUGGCACAACUUCCGAAUACAGUAGUGGAGAAGCAAAUCACGGUGAAGCCUCGAGAGAUGAGAUGGAUGAUGGUGACAUGUAG